UGGCAGAUCGUACUGUAGCUGCAGACACGGUGUACAUAUUGGAACUUGCAGCAGCUGCAGCGUCUGAGGCCAUCACAGUUCAUGUUCUAUCACGACAGUAUCAGAAUUCCAGAUAUCCUGAAUUCAAGUGACGAAGGAAAAUGCCUGAACCUGACUUGCUAUGGAUCAACACCAGGACUAUAUGAACAACGCCCCUAACACCUACAGCUACAACUCCGGGGACACCAUGAGCGCUUCCUUAGCCGGCAUGACCAUCAACGACCUGCAUCACCAGGAGAACGGGGUCCAGCUGGGGCACAGGAGCCCAGGGGAAGGCCCCAUGAAAGUGGAGCCUGAGGAAUCCACACUAGAGGACAGAGCGGCUGAACCACAGUCUGAGCUCUCUGAACUGGAGAGCAACACCUGUGAUGAGGAGGUGCAACUUAGCGCCUCUGGUGAGGAGGAGGUGCAACCUGUGGAGCCUGAGGAAGCCAGACCAAAGCACAGGUUGACUGAACCACAGUCUGAGAUUUCUGAACUGGAGAGCAUCUGUGACGAGGAGGUGCACCUUUGCACCUCUGGGGAGGAGGUGCAACUUGCAACUGGAGGAACAGCCUCAACAGCUCAAGCAAAGAUUGAAAAUGACAAUGCUGAUAAGAAGACAACCAAAACUGCCACCAAAGCUAGACCCACAUCUGGCCUUAAAAGACCUUCCCCAGUCAACAGAACCAGAAAUGGGCCCACCUUAUUACCCACUAGAGCCAGCAGUGUAGGGGCCAGGCAGUCCCGUACUUUGGGUGGUGCUAGGCCACAGGCCCCCGGAACCAAGAUUCCCGCCAAAACCCCAGCUCCAGCAAUCGGCAAGAACAAAGACAACACCAGUGGACAGAGCAGCCCUGGUACUCCCAAGUCUCCCUCCAGCAAGACUCUUCCCGGAAAGCCCUUGGCUGUGGCCACAAACCAGGUGAAAAAGGUUGCGGUGGUGCGCACCCCACCCAAGUCUCCUGGCUCUCUCAAGAGCCGCGCCCCUGCACCCCUCACCGCAGCGGCCCCCUUGCCGGACCUGAAGAACGUCAGGUCCAAGAUCGGCUCCACAGACAACAUCAAGCACCAGCCUGGAGGAGGAAGGGUACAAAUAAUUGAAAAGAAGAUCGACUUAAGCAAUGUGCAGUCUAAGUGUGGCUCCAAAGACAAUAUCAAACAUACACCCGGAGGUGGCAAUGUCCAAAUCCUCGAGAAGAAGUUGGACGUAAGCAAUGUCCAGGCUCGUUGUGGAUCCAAAGCCAACCUGAAUCACACUCCUGGAGGAGGCAGGGUACAAAUACUAGAAAAGAAGGUGGACGUAAGCAAUGUCCAGUCUCGCUGUGGCUCCAAAGAUAAUAUCAAACAUACACCCGGAGGAGGCAAUGUUCAAAUAGUCCACAAAAAGAUUGACCUGAGCAAUGUUAAAUCAAAAUGUGGUUCUACAGCCAACAUCCACCACAAGCCAGGUGGUGGGAAUGUUGAGAUCAAAUCUGAGAAAUUGGAUUUCAAGGUCCAAUCAAAGAUCGGCUCCAUGGACAACAUUGGGCACGUGGCCGGAGGUGGACAGAGGAGGAAAGAGAAGGGGAAGGAAGCUGGAGACAGCCAUAAAGAGAGCCCAUCAAACAAGGGCACGUACGGCCCUUCCCCUGCUGUCACCCCUCCACAGUCACCCCAGCCCCUCCCCUCAGCACCCAUCACACCCAUCCUGAUGAACCCGCUCAUAAAGAUUGAGGACUCCAAUUGAGAGCCACAAGCUGACGUUCCGUGAGACGGCCAAGGCACGCACUGACCACGGGGCCGAGAUUAUCUCCCUGGAAGACGACCCCCUGUCCCACCAGCUCAGUACCUUGUCCUCCUCCGGCUCCAUCAACAUGGCUGACUCACCGCAGCUCUCCACACUCGCCGACCAGGUAUCUGCCUCUCUGGCCAGCCAAGGCUUGUGAUUUGCUUGGUGGCACACGAUGGCCGACCGGAAGUCUCCUGACCGACCACACUACUUUGACCGCCCACGUCAGAGGAGUCAUGACGCCUGUCGCCUUCCUCCUCCUUUUCACGGGACUUUUUUAGCUAUACCCAUCACUGUUUCUCUUCCAUCACCGACUGUUCUUCUUCAUGAUGCAUUUAUUGUUAGAAAAGAGGUCUUAAAAAAAAAAAGAAGAUUCAAGUCGGUCAAGUUAGAUGAUUUAAUUUCUCUCUUGAUCUAUUUUUGUUGUCAUUAUUUGUACCGGUUGUAUAAAUGGCCCUUUUUAAGAGUUUAAAGAGGACAAACAUCCAAACACACCCAGAAUCCUACAAGUGUUUCUGGACAUUUUAUUUGAACUUUCACCCAUAUUUAAUUCACUUUAACUCGAUAAAUCAUUUUACUGUCACAAUGACUGCGAUUCGAAGCCCUUAUUUUACAAAUGUCCAUUUUUGAUGUGCAAAUGAUCUGUGAUGGCUGUCUCCUGAAUGGCUUUUUGAUACAUGGAAAACAAGAGGUUUGAGAGAAGUGGGCCCCCUUUUACAAUGUAGUGAACAUAAGAAAACACAUCAUCCAUUUACAGGGUAGUAUGAGGCAAAGAAGUGAGGAAAGGUGGGCUCAUGUAGCAAAAGCUCUCAUUCAGACAGUAAAAUGCUUUUAGACCUCCCCAACUUGCUGUCUGCUUUGGGUGCCUCUAUACACUGCAUACCAAGGUAGUAUAGUUCAGAGGUAAACAUUUUCCUUCAUGUACAAAAGAAGAGGGAUACAGAAUGUUUAGCGUAGAAACCUUGGUUUGUGUUGGACACACACUUUUCUAUUUGUAUUCUGUGGAUAUGACAUGUAUUUGAUAUGGAAACAUUUGUAUCGGGCCUGCUACUGUCAGUGUUAAUUUAUUUUAAAUAUUAUUCUGUUAUGGCUCUAUUGUAAAUGCGCUUCAGCUUUUGUCUUAUGCGGUGUGGCAGUUUACAUUUAACAUAUGUAGGCUACCAGUGACAAAAUAUUUGUUAAUGUUUAAAGAUGACAUGAAUUAGAGGGGAAUACUGAAUUACUAAAUUAACAGGCUUAGCGAUGCCAGGAAAAUUGUCUAACCAAUUAUGGGUUGUGUCGUUUAAUGUAAGACACGUAAUUUCAGUCAGGGACUGAACUUCUCACUAAUUUGGCUUCAGAUCACAGUAAAUGCAGAAGUUGGUAAACUCACCCAUUUUUUUUUUUAAUGACCGACGCUUUCUGAACUUUUAAUUUCAUGGACAUGGUUUUGUAAAAUGUAUAAGAUAGCUGCUCAACUGAUGAGGCAGUUAAGUACUAGAACCAAAAGUCAAUGCAAAAUACUGAAAAAACAGGCAGUCAAAGGAAAGUCAAAACACAGAAGAAAAAUUGCUGAACUGACAUGAAGAAAUCGGUUACAUUUAUCAUAAUAAACUCUGCAACACAUGUAGUCAAAUUAACAAGAUAUUAAAGGUAGACUCAGCAAUAUGACAUCAUCAUUCACAGUGGGGUAACAUCCUGCUUACACACAAUUCUGCCCGACUACAUUGCAGAUGCCUGCCAAAUCUCACAAUGAUUGGAUUGGUGUUAACUAUCAGCUAAACACAUCUGAUUUAGCAAUCGGGUGCCCGACUGCACAGUUAAUGAUGUGGCACGCAAACAUUGGUUGAUGCAAUCCAACGCCUGAGCAGGCGAGCACAACCAAUAUAGUGCGUUCAAGAAAAUCAGAAAAGAACAGACUGGGAAGAAUCUUGACGUCAGUGAUCUUCAGAUCAGACAAGUCGGAGCUCUAGGAUGAUGCCCGAGAUUCUGAAUUGUAAUUCCGAGUUGGAUGACCGUCCGUUCAAAACUAUUUUUCCCAGUAACAGUAUUUUUCCCCCAGAGUUCUCAUUUGUCUUGAGUGCACUAAAGUCUGAGAUUUCCUUGUUCAGAGUUGGCUGGAACGCACCAAAAGCAACAACUCCAGUCGCCAAGACUGCCCCUAUUGGUUUUUUCAGGUUUGCACCCUCCCAUGAGGUAUGUCCACAUUGGGAGGAGCCAAUUUGCUGUUUUGGCAGAUUAGAAUUAUGUUAAUUGAUUUUUGUAAGCAGGAAGUUGCCCCGCUGUAUGUGAUGAUGCCAUGUUGCUCACUCUACCUUUUUAAGUAAAAAAAAAAAAGUACCCUAAAAUGUUUAACCAUCUGUCACAUGGAGAAACGUACCUUUCGGAUAUAUUUAGAUUUAGGCCUACUAAUUGCCUGCGCACGAGCAUGCUCGUCACACUUUCCUCAAUUUGUCUCACGGGUUAUAAAGCUAUGGUCCUUUCCCUGGAACGUAUACGACGGAAAUUUACGAAACUCUCUCACAUGCUCAAAUGGAUAAGUGUUUUAUCCUAAUGUAAACCCACCGUGGUUCACCAAUCACCACUAUAUUAUUCUCGUCAUUGAUUGCCUUCAUAACUCCGAGCCAACAUACCAUCUUAAAAGUCCUUGCAUGCAUUUCAUGUAAGAGUAAGCGGUCUGCCUCUCCUUUUACACUGUGCUUUCAUUGUACCUCCUGUAACAUCUGCUUUGUCUAUAUAAGGAUACAUGUAGGUAUUAGUGCGAGGGAAUAGAACCCAAAAGGCAACCCUUUCCUUUAUGUGGAGAUUAAGGCGCAUUGAUAACAUUAUACGACUUCCCAGUGUGUGUGUUUGACUUGUAUUGCCAAUAUAUAUUUAAUUGAGGACUCGGGAACUGGCCAGAGCAUUUGAGAAAAGGUGUGCUUGCAACACUACAAUCUGCAUGCUAAACUGUUGGUUACUUUUCAUCAUAAUGGACAACAUUUGUUUGAAUGUGUUAAAUGGGUAUGUGCACUGUGUUCUGUGUGGAUUACUGAGACUAGUAUGUUGGAGGGCAGGUGCUGAUAAGUUCCAGUACUAACAUUAUCAGUACUCAAGGGGAAAAGUUGGGGAAAGGUAUUUUUUUUAGUUUUUUUGGUGGUCCUCUCCGCUGGCCUCUGUUCUGAGGUCAAUGGAAAGAGUUUGCAGUAACACAUUUCAUCGUCAUCCUUUUGUUAUUUUUGCCGCUGUACAGUUGUGUGGAAAAUGUGAUUGUUGAUAUUGUUAUUGUGCAUUUUAUCAAUAACUGGUGUAUGAUGAUUCUUGUCGCUGUGAAUUUAAAAAUAAACUGUUAAACCAUG